UUGCACUUGAGCAUGAGACAGACGAUCUGUGAGAGGAGAAGGAGGCAAGGUGUCUGGGUGGGUGGUGCGGUAGGAACGGGACAGAGGGGAGGCCAGGACCCGAGGUGAACCCUGGGUUAGUAGGAGUCAGUCAGGCCUUCAGCUUGGGGCCUUUGCUGGUAAGGGACUCAGUUUGUAUUCUGUCAGCCCUUGGGCCUGGAAGUCUUCCUCCUGACUCUUGGCAUAUACAAAGGGGCACUCUCAGCAUCCCUAGACUCCCGUGCAGCUUCCCAGCUGGGCCCCUUCCCUCUGGUGGGAUCAGCAGGGCCUGUUCUGAUCUUUCUGAGGAGAAGCAAGCUGGAUAAAGUCUUCUAGGCCUCUGAGGGAAAGCAGGGCCACAGUUCUGUGAGCACAACUUUAUACUGUGGCUGUGACCCCACCCCCCACCCCCGCACACACUGGCAUCGAGCUGACUACAGGUGUCACUUUCAUCUUGCAGUCCCUCAGAGUCCUUGACCUUGCAGGACAGAACCCCGUGCGUGGGCCUGGCACUGGCCAGUGUUCCGAGACGUUAAAGACCUGCUGACGCUGGUGCCUCCCCUCGUGGGUCUGAAGGGGAACCUGGAAAUGACGCUGGCGUCUCGCCUCUCCACAUCUGCCAAUACUGGGCAAAUCGAUGACCGCCAGGAGAGAUACAAAAUCAUCAGCAGCAACCUCGCUGUGGUUCAGGUGCAGGCUACUGUUGUGGGGCUCCUGGCUGCAGUGGCCUCUCUGAUGCUGGGCACAGUGUCUCACGAGGAGUUCGAUUGGACCAAGGUGGCCUUGCUGUGCACAAGCAGCGUCAUCACCGCCUUCCUUGCUGCCCUGGCCCUAGGAAUUCUAAUGAUCUGCAUAGUGAUUGGUGCUCGGAAGUUUGGGGUCAACCCUGACAACAUCGCCACGCCCAUUGCAGCCAGCCUGGGAGACCUCAUCACCCUGUCCAUCCUGGCCCUGAUGAGCAGCUUCUUCUACAGCCACAAAGACACAUGGUAUCUGACGCCUCUGGUCUGCAUUGGCUUCUUGGCUCUCACCCCUCUGUGGAUCUUCAUCGCCAAGCAGAACCCUCCCAUCAUGAAGAUCCUGAAGUACGGGUGGUUUCCCAUCAUCCUCGCUAUGAUCAUCAGCAGUUUCGGAGGUCUCAUCCUGAGCAAAACCAUUUCAAAACAUGAAUUUAAAGGCAUGGCUGUCCUGACUCCAGUCAUAUGUGGUGUCGGUGGCAACCUGGUGGCCAUUCAGACCAGCCGCAUCUCCACCUUCCUUCAUAUGUGGAGCACACCCGGGGUCCUCCCCGUCCAGAUGAAAAGAUUCUGGCCUAACCCCUGCUUCAUUUUCUGCUCUUCAGAAAUCAAUUCUGUGUCAGCCCGAGUCCUGCUCUUUCUGGUGGUGCCAGGACACCUGAUUUUCUUCUACCUCAUCUGCCUGGUGGAAGGCCAGUCAGUGACAAGCAGCAAGAGCUUCAUGUUGCUGUACCUGGUGGCAGCCAUGAUCCAGGUGGUAAUCCUGCUGUACCUGGCAGAAGUGAUGGUUCGGCUGACCUGGCACCAAGCCCUGGAUCCUGACAACCACUGUAUCCCCUACCUCACGGGCCUGGGGGACCUGCUGGGCACUAGCCUGCUGGCCCUGUGCUUCCUCUUGGACUGGUUACUGAGGGGCAGAGCUAGUCUUGAGGAGUUGGUCUCAGAGCUGGUUUCUGUGCCUCCCUGACUGAAUCUACCACCUGCAGGUCUCCAUGAAACUUUCCCUCAUGUCCACAGUGUCUAGCAGGCCAUUCCCCCUGCUGGGGCCUCAAGCUGCUAAACAUCUGCGUGGGCAGUGGCCUCAUCAGUCUGCCAGGGAGACAAGCACACACCUUGAUUCUGAAGUUGGUAGCAGAGCCUAAGGUAGAACCCUGACAUCAGGAGCUCUGCUUGCAAGUGUGUAUGUAUGCCUGGACUGUGUGUGUGUGUGUGUGUGUGUGUGUGUGUGUGUGUGUGUGUGUGUGUAGGGCAGGCUGUUCUAACCUGAAGAUGCUGAGGAAGGAGCCUGUGCAUUGGUGCAACCUGGAUUGCUGAUCCAUUGGGUGGAUCUGGAUAGAACUCCUCUGCAUCCCAGGUCUCAGGACUACCCACGCCCUGACUUUGCUGCCAUCACUGGGCUCAGCUCCCUGGGCUCGUGCUACUAGUGCUCUGGGCCCAGUGACCAUGCACCUUCACCCCAGGCAGGCCCUGUGUACCCCUCAUCUAUACUCCAGCACUUAAUCUUGUGGCUGCUUUCUUUUUAUUUCCCACUUUCUCUGUUUUAUAGCAGAGCCUUCUGUAUAGGUUCUGGCAAUCAAGAGAUAUAUAAUAAAACAUAGCUGAUAUGCA